GGGCUUCUCACUGUAGUCUUGGCUUCCUGGACUCUUCUAGACCAGGCUGGCCACGAACUCAUAUCGAUCCUCCUGCCUCUGCCUCCCUGCGCGCUGGGAUUGAAGGUGUGCACCACCAUGCCCGAUUUAGUUUAAUUUUUUGAGAUAGGGUCACACUGUGUAUCUCUGGCUAGUCUGGAACACACUGUUUGACCAGGUUGACCUCAGCCUCUCAGAUACCCACUGCUUCUGUCUCCCAAGUCCUGGGAUUAAAGGUAUGUACCACCAUGCUGGGUUAAGACUUUAUUUUUAUAAAUAAUUGAUACCAGUUAUAUGUGAGUAAACAUAUACCAGUUAUAUGUGAGUAAAGAGACCACUUUGGUCUCUUUAGGUACAAAGGUGAAUGGAACCUUCUAAAACAAAAACAACCCUGCAGACUUGUUACCCAGACAGCACACAAAAUUUCACAUAAUAUUUACCAAAUAUCAGAAAUGUGCCCUGCACUGAGAGUCCCAGCAGUGGUCCUCAGCCCCUGCCUUUCGGCUCCUUUGGGAACUGAAUGUCCCUUUUAGAAGGACCUACAGCCAUUGGAAAACGGUUAUCUGCAUUAUGAUUCAUAACAGCAAAAUUAAUAGUUACGAAGUAGCAAGGAAAUAAUUGUGGUUGGGGGCCACCACAGCAUGGGUGUUGAAGGGUUGAAGCACUGGGAAGGUGGAGACGCUAACACGGCGGAUAAUGGCGGUGCGAAGAAGUAACAUCCACCCCUGACGGUGCUACAGCCCUGUAAUCCCAGCCUUGGAGGCAGAGGCAGCUAGAGCUCUGCGAUUUUGAGGCCAGCCUGGUCUGGUGUGCAAAGCAAGUCUAGGACACCCAGGGCUACACAGAGAAACCCUGUUUCAAAACAGAAACAAAACAGAAGGUGGUGAAGAAGUAGCAGCAGCGACGUCUGUUAGAGCCUGCAGAUGAGGGAGGAAACGGAGGGAUUGCACGUUACCUUGGCUGCGUCUCCAGGAUGCACAGGCUGGCAGCGGUCUUCCGGGAAACGAGGAUAAUUUGUUUUCAGAGGCAGAAAAGCUUUAAAGAAUGGAGAGUGUUUGGACGGCGGGACACUGAGCACAUCUGCAGCUGCCAGCUGUUUGUGGAGAAUGUGAGGUAGUGAUAUGGGGACUGAGGAGACGGAGCUGCUUCCCAAGGAAGAAGCCUGUGAAGAGUCUUCGCCGCCUGGGCUGACAGGAAAGCUUGCACAGGCGGUGUACAGAGGCCGUGACCGUGGAGCAACUGAAGGAGACGUGUCAGAAGGCCGUUCGAGCGGGUCCUCGGGAGGGAUUACAGAGCAGAUGUGUCCCCAGGAGAAAGAGCUCGGAUCAGGCUUGAUUGUCCCCAGGGAGCCAUCCUUAGGUGAGAGAGGCCAGAAGCAGAGUGCGCGUGCCAGAGGCUCGGGUCCUGAGCCAAGCGUGGUCAUGUGCCCGGGAGCUGCCUCAGCGGAGAGCCCUGCGGCCGGGGGCGAGCUAAAGCUCGCUAAAGCGCAGGGGCCGCCUGGGGGAGAAAGGCCCCACACAUGUAAAGAAUGUGGGAAGGCCUUUAACCACAACUCGCAUCUCAUCCAGCACAUGAGGGUGCACAGUGGAGAAAAGCCCUUCGAGUGCAAGGAGUGUGGAAAGACUUUCGGAACCAACUCCAGCCUCCGGAGGCACCAGAGGAUCCACGCCGGGGAGAAGCCCUUCGCCUGUAGCGAGUGCGGGAAGGCCUUCAUCCAGAGCUCACACCUGGUCCACCACCACAGGGUGCACACCGGGGAGCGGCCGUACAGCUGCCCCGACUGCGGGAAGGCCUUCAGCCAGAACUCGGCCCUGAUGCUGCACCAGCGCGUGCACACCGGGGAGAGGCCGUACGCCUGCGGCGAGUGCGGCAAGACCUUCCGCGUCAGCUCGCAGCUCAUCCACCACCAGAGGAUCCACACGGAGGAGAGGUACCGCGAGUGCGGCGAAUGCGGCGAGUGCGGCAAGGCCUUCAAGCACAGAUCCAGCCUCAUCCGACACCAGAGGAUCCACACCGGGGAGAGGCCCUACCGGUGCGGCCAGUGCGGGAAGGGCUUCGGGCAGAACUCAGAGGUCGUCAGGCACACCAGGAUCCACACCGGGGAGAAGCCCUACGCCUGCAGGGAGUGCGGGAAGGCCUUCCGGAGCAACUCGGAGCUCCUGCGGCACCAGAGGAUCCACACCGGGGAGAGGCCCUACGAGUGCUUCGAGUGCGGCAAGGCCUUCCGGGGCAACUCGGAGCUCCUGCGGCACCAGAGGAUCCACACCGGGGAGAGGCCCUACGAGUGCUUCGAGUGCGGCAAGGCCUUCCGGCGGACCUCCCACCUCAUCGUCCACCAGAGGGUCCACGCCGGAGAGAGGCCCCAUCAGUGCGACGCCUGCGCAAGGACCUUCUGGGACACCUCCGAGCUGCUGCUUCACCAGAAGGUUCACGUGGGGGAGAAGCCGUACGAGUGUGGCGAGUGCGAGAGGUCGUUCACCCAGCACUCGCAGCUCGCCGUCCACCGCAGGAGCCACACCGGGGAGAAGCCCUACGAGUGCCAGCGGUGCCGCAAGACCUUCACCCGCAGCUCGCACCUCCUCCGCCACCAGAGCGCCCACUGCUCGGAGUGAGGGGUGCCAGGCUGCUCACGCCCUCUGCUCGAGCUUUUCGGGAGGGUGGCCGGCGUGCUGGCGCCGGCUAUGGAGCGCUUACUGAGUGUCAGUGCACGAAUUAAAUCACAGGAGUGUUUCA